AUGCAUUUUUAUUCAAAAGAAGACUCAAAACAUAACUACUUUUUUGUUGUUCUACCACUGUUUUUCCUCACGUCUUGUUACAUUGUGAAAUUUUUUUUUGGGGGGUUUACAUUUAUUUAUUUAUUGCCAUGUUUUUGCUCUGAGGGAGAAGUGAACUUGUGGGAGGUGCUCGGCAUGAAGGACGAAUACGACGCGCCGUUGCUUUCACGUGGGGAGUUUGAGGCCAUCAAGCAUGACCCACUGCUCAUACUUGAGCGGGGCACAAAGGCUAUCAUGUCUCUUCAACAGGACGAGGCCGCAUUGAGGGCAGAACGUGAAACUAUCCAGUUGCACCUGCAGGAUGCCGACAAGGAUGGGGGUUUCGACAGCCAACGGUACAGGGAGGUCAUGAAUGCGACGGCUGAACUGGAACGGGAUCACCGCAUGUUGUCAGUACGGUGCACCGACACAGAGUUGAGCAACAAACGGUUGGCGAAGGUUGUCGACGAGCUGCGGCAGGAAAAGGGGGCGUUAAGAGAGGAAUUGCAGACGUUGAAGCUUACCCAAGACUCUCUUGCGAAGCAACAUGCCGACACUGUUAACCGAAUGGCAGUUUUUGAGAAGGCUGCCCCAGAUGAUGCGGCAAAGAUGAAGGGGCUGCAGGAUGCCAUUACGAAAAAAAUUGAAUCUCUAGACCUCCUCACGAAAGAAAUUGUGAGUGUUACCAACAAAUCGGCGAGCCUUCAAAGAAAAGCAGAACAGUUGGGAUGCGAGCGUCUUGUGCUAGAGGCGGAAACACUGGCACUGGAGCAGACGACGACGCAGCAGGAGAGGACAAUCAAUUAUCUUCAAUAUGAGUCGGCACAACUUAAUGAGGCCAUCAAUAAAAGGAAGUCAGAACUUGUUGAAGUGAAGAAACAGACGGCGGCGACGCUACUCGAGCUUCAACUUCAGCUGACGAGAGCGGAGGAGGAACUGACACGACUCAAUAACGCGGUUGCCAAUGAAAAGAGUUUGACUGGACGACAGAACAUAUGGCAAGCGAAGGAGCUCCACGCAAAGACGGAGGAUCUUCUUGCUGCCCAUCAGGAAAUGGCAAAAGAGCGUGGAGAGAUGAAGAAUGAACUGGCUUUAGUACAAGAAAAAGUUUAUCGCCUCAAAAACAAUGUACUUGUAGUAGAAAAGCAAAACCAGGUACUGAAUGGGACACUGCAGAUGCUUGAGGAGGAGGAUCAACUGAUGAAGACAACAUACAAUGAACGCAAGAACGAGGCGCUUGAAGAAAUGAACAAACAGUCAGCAAUCGUACGUCAACUUAACGCCGAACUUGAAGAGGCACGCGAGAAUCUUUAUUUGUUGAAUUCCAAAGUCUGCAAGGCUUGUCGUACAGCCAUUUUCCCAAGUGAUUUGCCAGACUCCUCUUCGAGAAGAGGGUAA